GAGCAAGAAUCAAAAAUUGAAUUGCUGAUUAGAGGAAUGCAUUUUUUGCAAUUGAAGAUUUACCCAUUGGAAGCAUUGGAGGAAACAGCGGACUUCUUACAAAGUUUAGCCAAUUUCUUACGGCAUGCUCAUGGUGUGAGAAUAAAACAUGCUUAUGCCCGCUUGUUUGUGCGGUUAUUUAUGCCUAUUGCGGGGGUGGCAGUUGCGGAAGUUAAUUUUCCUACAUGGGUAAAAGCAGUAGAGAUUCUAUUUCCAAAAGCUUGGCAGAUGACCUUUAAACAACGUCAUUGGAGUGUUGCGUAUCCUCUCGCGACAGCUUUGUUAUGU